AAUUCCGUGUCAACUUGAACAAACUCUACUAUACUAUCCAGAAUUUCCACAGAGAGGGCAAGAGAAGAGAUUUUCUCUGCAUUUCUUUUGACUAGGCUGCUCGGCAUACCAUGUCUACCACCGCGCAAGAUCUUCUUGACGGUCUUCUCGACCUCGAAGAAGACUUCUACCAAGAAGGCUACGACCUGGGCGCCGCCGACGGUGCACAAGCCGGGUACACCGAAGGCAGUGUGUUUGGAGUGGAAAAGGGGUUCGAGAAAUUUGUCGAGCUGGGCCGGCUGUACGGAAAAGCCUUGGUCUGGACUCAGCGCCUCGCGGAUUCAACAAGGAAGGAGAAAUCUUCCACUUCUCAGCAGCCAGAGUCGGGGACAUCAGAUGUCGGUGAUCUAGUUCUGGAUCCGUCCACCUGCGAAUCCAUGUCUGGGUUGCCGCAGAGCAGCUCACGGCUGGCGAAGAAUCUAGCCCUGCUUCUGGAACUGGUUGAUCCCGCGUCUCUAGGGAUGGAGAAUACAGAAGAGGCAGUCAAUGAUGCGGACGAACGCUUCAAGGGCGCGGUAAUUAAGGCGAAGCUAAUCCAGCGGGUCCUGGGAGAGCGCGAGGACACGGCAGAUAUUCAUCCUGACGCCAAGGAGAUUCAGGCCUUGGGCGAUGGAACUGGUAGCAUUGAAGAUAUCAGUUCCUUGAAGAUCCGACACUGAAAGGACUACGACAUACGGCGAGAGAUUCUCCAACCCAUCUUUUAAUUACUGGAUAGGAUCCCAAUCCCGGCCUGGGCUCCUUCAGGCAGGAAAUAACGUCCAUGGAGAUACUGAUCUUCUUGCAAGGUAUGCGGGAAUCACGCCUGUGGCAUCCUCGCAGGAUAGGACAUGUCUUCGGCCAGACACACGAGCACAUCAGUCAUUCUUGGCCUUUCAUUGCCAUCCCGCCGGACUAGGACUGACGUCAUGAAAAUGUCCAAACUUGAAUAGUUCUCCCAAUGGAUGAAAUGAGUAUGUCAUGCCGGCACUAUUAUCAGGCAUGGCUUCUGGCUGUGUUCUACCGGUGAGGUAUUCCCGCCACGCCGGAAUGGAUUACCGUGCGGAGCUCUUUUGGACCGAACCAAAUUGGUAUGACCAGAAACCGGGAAGAUUGGAAAGAUGGGACAAUUUUUCAUUGCUAUAGCUAGAAUGGGAUUCACGAG